UUCAGUGACAGUGUCAAACGCUCAUCGGUAUCUGCUUGGAGUAGUAACUCUAUGGUAUCUGCGAUUCAGUUCAGCUCCGUGCAAGUCUUCCAUUCUACCACUACAGCUCGUCACAUUAUGCUAAAAAGAUAAUUUACAAGGGCAGCCGAGCGCAAGCAAGAACAUCACGUACGAACCAGCUUUGCCAUGUCUGAAACAAAAGGCGGCCUACAGUAUUUUAGUGGACAAACCUUGAAUGGCCUGUGCUGAUGUUAUACGACAGAUCUGGACAAAUACUAAUUCGACACUGUUAAUAAGUUAGUAAUAGGUGCCAUAGAAGCAGGUUACAUAAAAAAAUCCCAACCAUUUUAAUAAACCAAGACAAGAUGUCGGGUGAAGAAGUGGAAUUGGAAAAGAACACAGACCUCGCCAAUGGCGUGGACAGAAAAGGAACGGAGAACAGAACGGACACAAAGCGGAAAAUGGCGACUUACCCCCGGUCGAAGAUCCAGACGAGAAAACGGUUCAGAACGGCAGUAAAUCAAUGGAGCCUUAUGAAGACACACCCUUAUACAAGAAACAGGAUUCAUCCAGCAGGUUCCGUUGGGACGCAGUAGGAUGGGCAAUAGGCAUCAUCUUCAUCAUCGUUCUCAUGCUCGCCAUGAUCUUCAUCGGGAACUCCCGGGGCUGGGAUGCCGAAUCUGGUUACUGCCACAACGAGAGUGAGUCGUCCCAGGAGCGCUUCCUACCCGAGCCGUACAUCGAAGAACCCGGCGUACCGGGCCGACAUGGAUCGGGAGCUACGGCGAGAUGGUACUACUGGCAGAUACCCCCUGCUGACGUCACAGCAUGGACCAGAGGCCUCAUGUGGCUGUGCUACGUGGCCCAUCAGCUGUUCAUAUGGGGCUGCAUCUACUACGCACAGAGGAUGAAGACAGUCUACCCGAACCCCCAAGAUCCCAAGUACUCCACCGACAUGAAGCAGUUCAACUGGAUACCACUCGUAGGCAACAUGGUGUUCCAUCUGAUUCACCUGGGACAGACCCAUUGGACCUACGACGCUCUGGCCCAGGAUGUGUCGGAAGCUAGCUCUCAAGGAUCUGUCAUUAUGUUGCUUGUGUUUGUCUUGAUGAUGGAGUACCGGAAUCGCGGCAUGGCGUUUGGUUGGCCAUCCAAAGAUGACACUGGCAAAGUCAGCAACGCACUGCGGCUUCCCCUGGGUCCUCAGGAACUCAUCCGUCGCUACCACGGUUAUGCUUUCUCCUGGGCAGCCAUCUACACAUUCUGGUACCAUCCUAUGGAGAACACGCUCGGCCAUGCCUUGGGCUUCACACACACCUGGCUCUUCAUGCUACAGGGCAGCCUCAUGUACACGCAGGUGCAUCUCAACCGCUACUGGCGUCUCCUGCUCGAGGCAUGGGUGAUCAUCCACGGUUCUGUGGUCGCUUGGCAAACCGGUGGCCCAGCUCUGGACGGCACUUCUCUCUAUCCAAUGUUCAUGUUUGGUUUCCUCUGGGUCUUCACCAUGACGCAACUCUUCGGCCUUCCCGUCUUCAAAUACAUCCCACGCCUGCUCUGGUUCCUCCCCUUCAUCGUCUACAUGGGCGUGGGGAUCUACGUCUAUGGAUGGGUCUUCGUCGACAAAGAAGGUCGCUACUGGAUACGCAUGAACGAAAUGAUCCGCAUCCCUGGAACGGAAUACCUCUGCGUCAUCGUCGCUUGGCUCGUCAUGUGGUUCUUCCUCUGGAUCGAAAAGAAAAUUAAAUCAGAUAGGAUCGACGAACCUUUCCAACCUCCUAGCAUCGUCAAGGAAAUCCUCUACCUAUCAGGGGUAGUCUUCACCUACGCAAUCAUGGUCACAGCCUCUAUUCUGAUCCAAACCUUAGAUGUCAAGAUGGAUCUGAUUGCUCUCAUGGUCAUACUCGUCAUCAUUUUCACGGUGGGUGUCGCCGUGACCUGCAUGCUGUUCAAACAAAUUAUGCCACCGUAUUCGAGAGACUCUAAAGACGCAAGCAAUAUAUCCAGAGUUUCUCCAACGUUUGACAACCCAGGUUUUAACGUGGACGAAAAGAAGGUUUAAGAGUAGACUUCUAAUGACUGAGAGACAGUUAUUAAUAUUCUAGCAAAUUUUGUCACAUUUCGAGCUUUUGAUUAUGUAUUCCAUCCCUCUAAUCAAUAUAGCAAUGCCGAAUAUACCUCAUUGCAAAUAACAUUAUAACAGGAAUGCAUUCUAUAUUGUUGCUCUUUCGGUAUAGAAUUUCAUUGUGGCGAUACUUGUAUACAUUGUGAAUAUUAUCGUCAUUUCAAGUUUUCCAAUGUCGGACGCGCCGGCCAUUUCCCUAACUUUAGGGGAUGCUUUAUUUUGAUAAAUAGAAUUGAAGUGAAGUGAUUAUAUUUGCCCUACCUUUUCAUUUAUCAAAUCAAAGUAGUAUCGUCCUAUUUUUACAUGAACCUAAACCAUUCUUGUGCACACGAUUUGUAUUAAUGACAACUUGGACUCAGCAAAAAAGGCCGAGGCAGAUUUUACCAGGAGAGUCUGGAUUUAUGGUAAAUACUUGCGUAAAGUUCGCAUGUGUUUUUCGAACACCAAUUAUCAAGUUAAUUUGAUGAGAAUGUUUAAAAUCAUAUAAAUAGACCCAAACAUGAAAAAUUAAAUACAUGAAAAUCAUAUACGCAUCAUGAAAUUUAGGGCUAUCCCAUAAGACCCAUGUCCAACAAUACCUUCACUAUGAGUUCUACUGUCCUUUUUUUCCUUCCAGACAUCAAAGGGAAGUGGAAGCUAGAUGAUUAUUUUGUCUUACUUAACAUUUUAAGUCAGACAUGCCGAACAUAAUAGUGAGAAAUAAUCAUGAAUUGAAAAUAAUAACAACAUCAAUAUGGUAAUGAUGAGGCUUCUAUAUUACCAAAACCUUUUGAGUAGCUUUUAACUUUACUGAUAUUCACAGGAGAGCAGUAGUGAAAAGUACUUGAUUAUGAUGAUUUUUGCCGUUUUAAACUACAAUAAUAAUUGUCUUUCGUAAUAUUAUGCUACAAAUGCUAUUUUGAGAUGAAAUGUAUAUAUUUUUAAUCUGAAUAUAUUAUUAUAUCUGAUAUUAUUAAAUAUAGGCUCAUUUAUUACUUUUAAUUACAUCGUGCAAAAUUUACUAUUUUUUUGCGUUUCUUUUCUAUCUUGAUAUAAUAAUAGUCACAUUUUGUAGCGCUUAAUACUUUACGUUUCUCAGCGCUUUACAUUUUAAUUGUUACGUAAAUGUUGUAUGGCAGACUAAAAAAGUACAACAUUGCAU